UCCCUACGCCGCGGGGUCCGGCGCGAGGCCCCGCGCUCUCCGCUGCCAUGACGUCGCCGUUUGGCCGUUGCCGGAACGUUGAGGCGGCCUCUGCCCACCUGCCGCCUCCCAGUUACCUCCUGGCCAGCUUGAAGGCGGAUUGCUUGAACAAGCCCUUUGAGCAGCGAUGCGACGAUCUGGCCGCCGUCAUCGAAGAGUUCCCCGCGAAGGAACUGCAUGCCAUCUUCCCCUGGUUGGUGGAGAACAUCUUUGGCAGCUUGGAUGGCGUAAUUCUAGGUUGGAACCUUCGUUUUUUACAAGGAAGAACAAACCCUACUGAGUAUGACGUUGCCCUUGAGUUUCUUGAUCCUGGUGGCCCAAUGAUGAAGCUGGUUUACAAGCUCCAGGCUGAAGAGUACAGAUAUGAUUUCCCUGUGUCUUAUCUUCCGGGCCCAGUGAAAGUUUCAAUACAAGAGCGGAUUUUACCUGAAUGUUCUCUGUACCAUAACAAAGUUCGGUUUCCUUCAUCUGGAGGCCUGGGUUUAAACUUGGCCCUUAAUCCAUUUGAAUACUGUAUGUUCUAUUUUGCAAUAAGCCUUAUCACACAGAGGAACAUCCCCACUACCUGUCAUGUAAGCACUUCAAACAGUGCUUACUUUAUUCUAGUGGACAGGUACUUGAAGUGGUUCCUGCCCACAGAAGGAAGUGUCCUUCCACCUCCUUCCACUGAUCCUGGGGGUGUCCCAUCACCUGCUCCAAGAUCUCCUGCGAUGCCUUUCACCUCCUAUGGGAUGCAUCCCACAAGCCUUCUGAAAAGGCAUGUUGCUCAUCAGCCUUCAGUGAAUGCAGACCCUGCUUCCCAAGAGAUCUGGAGAUCAGAAACCUUGCUUCAGAUCUUUGUUGAAAUGUGGCUUCAUCAUUACUCCCUGGACAUGUACCAGAAAAUGCAGUCUCCUCACAUCAAGCUGGAGGUUCUGCACUACCGGCUCAGUAUGUCCAGUAUUCACCACAGUAGUCCUGCCCAAUCCAGCUACCAGGCCCUCCAUACAUAUCAAGAGUCGUUUAAACCCACUGAGGAGCACGUGUUGGUGAUUCGGUUGCUUGUGAAGCACCUACAUGCUUUCAGCAACAGCCUGAAGCCAGAGCCAGUUUCUCCUUCAGCCCAUUCGCACACAGCCAGCCCUUUGGCAGAAUUCAAGAGGAUUGUGAUUCCCCGGUUCGUUCAGCAGAAGCUCUACGUCUUUCUGCAGCACUGCUUUGGCCACUGGCCUCUGGAUGCCUCUUUUAGAGCUGUUCUGGAGAUGUGGUUAAGCUAUUUGCAGCCUUGGAGAUAUGCCCCUGAGAAACCACUUCUGAGUGCAGAGUCUCAGCCUCGCAGAGUGUCAGAGAAAUGGGCUCCCUUUGUUCAGGAGAACCUGCUGAUGUAUACCAAGCUCUUCGUUGGCUUCUUGAAUCGAGCUCUUCGCACAGAUUUGGUCAGUCCUAAGAAUGCCCUCAUGGUGUUCAGAGUAGCCAAGGUCUUUGCUCAGCCCAACCUUGCUGAAAUGAUCCAGAAAGGAGAGCAGCUGUUUCUGGAAACAGACCUUGUUGUUCCUCCACGCCAGCACCGUCUCUUUGUAAGCCCCUCUUUUGGAGGGAGCUUUUUGUCAUCCCGAACUCCAACCACCACAGACAUUUCAUUUAAAGUGAAGAGUCAUGUUUAUAGCCUGGAAGGGCAAGACUUCCAGUACAAGCAGAUGUUUGGACCAGAAGUCAGGAAUCUCGUGUUAAGACUAGCCCAGCUGAUCGGUCAGGCCCAGCAGACAGCCAAAUCCAUAUCGGACCACUCCACUGAGGUCACAACUAGCCAGUCCUUCCUUUCUUGGUUCUGGUUUGGCCCAUCUGAUUUGAAUGGGUCCUACACAGGCAAUGACAUGGAUGAAAUUGGGCAAGACAGCAUCAAGAAAACAGAUGAAUACUUGGAAAAGGCCCUGGAAUACUUAUGCCAGAUAUUUCGGUUGAAUGAAGCUCAGCUAAGCCAACUGAUGCUGAAUUGGGGAGCGGCUCAAGAUGAGAAUGGAAAGAAACAGCUUCCAGACUGCAUUGAGAGUGAAGAUGGGUUAAUUCUGACACCACUUGGCAGGUAUCAGAUCAUCAAUGGACUUCGCAGGUUUCCAGUGGAAUAUCAAGGAGAUCCUGAGCUCCAGCCCAUCAGAAGUUAUGAAAAUCCCACUCUUGUGCGACUGCUGUUUCAGCUGUCCUCCGCAAUCAACAGACGAUUUGCAGGCUCAAUGGAUACUCUCUGUGCUAAGGAAGGCUUUCUUGGCAGCUUCUGCCGCUAUCAUCUUUGCACUCCCUCCCUAGUAGAGAUGGCCAGACGCAGCCCCCUGAGCAAACAGAAGCUAGGACAGAUUCAACAACCAAGAGUCAGUCUGAGAUUUCUGGCGAGCUACAGGACUCUCCUUUCCUUGCUUCUGACAUACUUCAUUGCUUCGUGGUUCUGCAUUGGUCCAGUGACCAGUACUUUUCUACUUUUCAUUGGAUAUCUUUUUUAUGCAGUAGUGAUGGCUUUCUUCACUGAAAAGCGGAGGCCUCGUCAAUCUUGA